UUCAGUGCGUCUGUAAACACUGCCGAGUGCGGUACUCAAUCUACAUUAGCUCCGCUCGAAAAUUUCCAAUUCUUAGUGAACUGGCUAACGGUAGCGAGCCUAUUCGAACGAAAGUGAAUGUGCGUCCAGAUCUAAAAUAAAAUUGGUACGAAAGCCAAAGGAAUAUACAUAUGUACAAAAAGUGAACAAAUUCGGAUAGAAACUCAAAGUGCAACGCUAAAAUAAAAAUCAGUGCAGCUGCUUCCUGAGUGCACCUGUUUCCCCAGCAGGGAGCACGUACGCAUACGCACCUUUGGAUACGCGAAGAAAUGCGAAGUGGCGUAGAGUGCUUGAUAACUUAAUGCCAAGCAGCCAAAGGGCCCUAAAAGCGGCAGCCGAAGAAAAACGACGCGACCUUGUCUUGUCUUCGCACUCCGGACUUCUUAUACCGCCAUCCAUCAAAGUCUCGGGCCUUAAGGUCUUGGGAUUACACACAAAUCACAUUUGGAUACUACAAAUCAUACGCUAGAAGGUAAGCGCAGCUGGCAGUGUAUUUUUUUAUAAGGCGGGAAAACUAUUUAUAAGAUGCUGAAGCACGUGCAAAUCUCGCCGCUGCGAAAUCGAUCCGAUUCGGUGUCCCUUCGCUCCUCCAGCCACGCCUCCUCGUGCGCCAGCUCCAUGUGCGGCAGUCCGGAGCCUCCGGCGGAGCUGCAGAGAACACCCUCGAGGGCCUCCAGUUACUCCAGCCUCAACGAGCAGCUGCCACAGACCACAAUCAAGGUGUACACAAACUGCCUGAAGAUCGACAUCGAGUACAAGACCCUUGGAAUCCAGUGGGACACUACAAGCAAGGAGGUUAUUGGCCAGCUGCUAAGACGCCUCAAGAUGCGACAUCGCGAUCCACGCCUGUUCUACCUAUCCAUGGAGGUAGCUGUGCGUCGGGCUGGAGUGAAGACCAUCUUGGUGCUGGACGACGACACCCGGCCGGCCAUCAUGCAGGCCUGUCAUCCGAAGGGCGAGUCCCGAUUCUGUCUGCAGCUAAAACCAGGUGGCCUGAUCCGCGUCCACACCUCCGCGCUGCAGCCCAGCUCUCAGUACAAGUCGCUGGUCAUCAGCGAGGAGACCACCUGUGACGAGCUGCUGCACCUGCUCCUCGGCUGUUACAGUUCACCCGAGCCGGUCGAGAACUUCUCGCUGUACGAGGUGUGUCCCGGCCAGGAGUGUCAGCGAAAAUUGCACCCGGACGACCUUCCACUGCGCACUCAGAUGGAGCGGAUGAAGCGGGGCGAAGGCUGUCACUUCCUGGUGCGCCGAACGCCCAAUUACGCACGCCGGCGCCAGCUGUUGGCCAACCUAAACGAGGCAAUUGGACAGGCCGCGGAGGCGGCAGAGGAUGCAACCAGUCUCCUGGAGCUCUCCUUGGAGUCGGAUCUGUCGCUCUCCGAGGAUCUGCGAAGCUGCAGCAGCAGCGAGGAUGCCGAGGAUGAAGACGAGUGUGCUAGCAGUUCUGGCUCCUCGGAUAAUUCCACAGAAUGUGCCCUACGCCGGGACUUUUACGUCCACACCACGCCCGCAGCUCCUGCUCCAGUUGUGCCCCAAGUGGCGGUGUCCGUGUCACCCGCCCGAGUCUACAGCCCCGUGUACAACAUACGCGAGAUUCGAACCGCCUCGCACUCCUUCUCCUCGCUGGGGAAGGACAAGAAGCUGCUUGACAUCCACAUGAACGCCCGCUUUGCGUCCGGAGGAGUCUACGGCAGACUUAUGCCUGUGGCGGAGACGGAGACCCAGGACAUGAACGGCAAUACCAGUACCAAACUCACGGCGGAGGCCGUCAACAACAACCCGGCCAAGGGACUGGGACACUUUGUCUACCUGUAGCGAUUGGGUCAGUGGGAGUGGAACCUGUACAAAGGACGAGUAUGCCACUAGGAUCGUCUGAUGAGACCCAAAAAUUAGAAAAGAAAUCGAGUACCGUUUGGACCAAAGAUGCAUUUGUAGUUUAAGCCGUUAGAGUGGGAAAUGUAAAUAGGAAAUAUGCCUGCGAGUAAUGUAUCCUAAGAUUAGUUACGAUUAGUUUAGUUUUUCCUUACGCUACAAAAGAUACUUUGUCCCUAGUGUAAUGCAAAGAAACCAUCUGCUAACAAUCCCAAAUGAAAGGAGUCUAUAGCUUAACGCUUUAGUCCCGCAACUAAAGCUUCGAUAAGAGUAUGAAUCUGAAUAGCUUGUGGCUAACAUUCGUGUAAAAACCAAAAGAUAUUGUAAUAAUAAGAACUAAUUAUGUACAACCUG